AUGUUGCCAAGAAAUCUUUUCCCUCUUCUCGCCGUUUCGGCUGUUGCUGAAGUGCAUCAUCUGUUUUCUGGCUUUUUUUCUGGAUCAAGAAUUGCCGGCAUUGAGUUCGACGAUGAAGCUCUUUCCUUGAGCUUGGUGAAGAACAUCUCUUCCGCAUCCGAUGACGGAUCGAAGUGGAUUGCACUUGACGCUCGCAAAAAGAACUUAUAUGUUGGUACCACUGGGUCCUUUCAAAGCUACAAGAUAAACAAGGACCUUGGUUUGACCUACAAGACCAACGUCAGUUUAUCUUCGGAUUGCAACAACGCAAACUACAUCACCGCAUCAUCCAAGUCACCCUUCGCAGUAUUCGGAACACCAUAUGGCGGAGGCUGUCCAACAGUCGCCAUAUCCGUGGAUAAGAGCGGCACACUCCAGAAAACGUUUGCAAAUGCGACUUAUAACACCAAAGGUGGUGUUCACGGAACCGCACUGAGCCCCAAGAAUGAUUUCCUGUACUCCGCCGAUGACAUGGGAAAUGCAGUCUGGGCUCACUCGUAUGAUCACGAAAGUGGUAAGAUUGAAGAGGUUCAGUAUCUUACUGCCGAUGAAGGAUCGAACCCGAGACAUUUGACUGUUCACCCCAACGGAAAAUGGGUGUAUGUUGUUUAUGAGGAGGCGAAUUCCAUCGCGGCAUACAAGCGGGACACAAAGACCGGGAAACUGGAGUUUCGCAACGAGACCUACAGUUUACUUCCUUCUGGAUUCACCAACUCUUCUUCUUACUGGGCUGACGAGGUACUGCUCUCCGCGCCUACCAAAGGAUCAUCCCCCAAAUAUCUACUCGCCGCCACGAGGUCUCGCAAAACUGGAGUUCCCGGAUAUGUCUCUGCUUUUAGUCUUGAUGCUAAGACUGGAGGUAUCAAAGAGCAGCUGUUUCUACAAGAAACCACCAACAGUGGAGGAUCUGCGAAUGCUGUAUCGCCUGCUUCAUUCAGCGAGGAUUUCUUUGCAAUCACUGAUAGUGGUUCGAACUUUAUUGAAGUUUGGAAGAUCAAAGGCAAGGGUGCUUCGGCGGUUGCUCACCUGAAUCUUGACAAUGGGCCGGCCAAUGCUGUAUGGUAUAGCUGA